GACAGGAAAAAGAUGUUCUCUUUGAUCUCUGUCUUCUGGUUUCUGAAGAUUUCCUUUAUUUUUUGUCAUUUGAGUGACCCCAGAUGCUUUUGGAGAAUAAAAGACACCAAAAAUGAUCUAGGAGAUAAAGAAACUUUUUGUUUGUUUUUUAUUUCCACAAAGCAAGGUUAUGUGAAGAAUGAUUAUUUCAGUUGGAAUCUGGACAAGCAGGUGACACCCAAGAUCAACCACUUGAUUUUCUCUGUUUAUCUUGCCUUGGAAGAAGUAAAUAAGAACUGCCAUAUUUUGCCUAACAUUUCUCUGCUAGUUAAUAUUGAAUGUAACGGAGGAAAAUAUGAUGAGAAAACUGAUUCGGCUUUGAAAAGUGAGGACAUUAUUCCUAAUUACUCCUGCACAAAUGAGAGAAGAUAUUUAAUUGUACUUACAGCUCCUAUAUGGGCAGUAUCUACAAAACUUGGACCAUUCCUGUACAUCUCCAGAAUUCCUGAGCUUUACUGUGGGCACUUUCAUCUACGUCUGAGUGAUAAUGAACAAUUUCCUAAUCUGUACCAGAUAUCUCCCAAGGACACAUCUCUACCACUAGCCAUGGUGUCCCUAGUGGUUCAUUUCAGAUGGAACUGGAUAGGAGUGAUUGUUUCAAAUGAUGACCAAGGAAUACAAUUCCUUUCUGAACUGAAAGGAGAAAUGCAGAAAAACAUUGUUUGUUUAUCAGUUGCUAUUAUUAUCAAAACUGAAAUGUCCACGGCUCUUAAAGAGUUAAGCAUGAAUUAUAAACAUAUCUCAAUGUCAUCAGCAAAAGUUGUGAUAGUUUAUGGAGACAAAUUUUCUCCCAUAAAGAAUAACCUUAAUGUGUGGAUAUCUCAAGGCAUUUUAAGAAUCUGGGUUAGUGUGUCACAAUUUGAUAUGAUCACGAUUCUAGGAGAUUUCUUGCUAUACUCUUCUACUGGGACUUUUAUUUUUUCACAUCAGCAACCUGAAAUACCUGGUUUUGAAAAAUUUAUCCAAACAGUACACCCUUCAAACUACAGUAGUGAAUUUUCCUUUGCCAAACUAUGGUGGACAUAUUUUAGAUGUUCAUUGCCACCAUCUAAUUGUAAGAAGCUGAAGAAUUGUCCAACCAAAACUAUAUUUACAUGGUUAUUCAGGACACCACUUGGAAUGGCCAUGAGUGAUGCAUGCUAUAACUUAUACAAUGCUAUAUAUGCUGUGGCCUACUCACUUCAUGAGAUGCAUCUGCAAGAAGAAGAAACAUGGUCAAAGAAUCCUGGGAAAGAACUGGAAUUUGACUCUUGGAAGAUGUUCUCUAUACUGAAGACCUUAAAAUUUGUAAAUCCAGCUGGAGACCUAGUCAACAUGAACCAGAAUUUGAAGCAUGAUACAGAGUAUGACAUUUUCUAUAUCAUGGAUUUUCAAAAAGAUUAUGGACUUAAAAUGAAAAUAGGAAGAUUUUCAGGGCAUCUUCCAAGUGGUCAAAAGCUAUAUAUGUCUAAAGAAAUGACGGAGUGGGCUACAGAUAUUGACCAGAUUCUGCCCUCAAUAUGUAGUAUGCCUUGCACACCAGGACUCAGAAAAUCCCCUCAGGAAGGAAAGGAUAUCUGCUGUUUUGUUUGUAUCCCCUGCCCAGAAAAUGAAAUUUCCAACAUGACAAACAUGGAUCAGUGUGUAAAGUGUCUGGAAGAUCAAUAUGCCAAUGAAGACCAUACACUCUGUCUUCAAAGAGUUGUGGAUAAUUUAGAUUAUAGAGACCCUUUAGGAAAAGCUCUAGCUGGCUUUGCUCUAUGCUUCUCUCUCCUUACAUCUGUUGUACUCUUUGUCUUCCUGAAACACCGAGAUACUCCCAUAGUCAAAGCCAAUAACCAAAGACUUAGCUUUGUCCUGCUCAUCUCCCUCAUAUUUUGUUUUACCUGUUCCUUGCUUUACAUUGGUUAUCCCACUAUGGUCAUCUGUGUCCUGCAGCAGACCACAUUUGCCAUUGCAUUCACUGUGGCUACCUCUACUAUCUUGGCCAAGACAAUUACUGUAGUACUGGCAUUCAAGAUAACUGUUCCAGGAAGAAGAAUGAGGUGGCUGCUUAUGUCAGGGGCACCCAAAUACAUCAUUCUCAUAUGCACAAUAAUUCAGCUUAUUCUUUGUGUAGUCUGGAUUGGAACUUCUCCUCCAUUUGUUGAUGCUGAUGUACACAUUGUACAUGGCCACAUCAUCAUUGUUUGCAACAAAGGUUCAGUGAUUGCCUUCUACUGUGUCCUUGGAUACAUGGGCUUUGUUGCUCUAGCAAGUUUCACUGUAGCUUUCUUGGCCAGGAAUCUGCCUGAUACAUUCAAUGAAGCAAAGCUCUUGACAUUCAGCAUGCUGGUGUUCUGCAGUGUCUGGAUCACUUUCAUCCCUGUCUACCACAGCACUAAAGGCAAGACUAUGGUCGCUGUGGAAAUUUUCUGUAUCUUGGCCUCCAGUGCAGGGCUGCUUCUUUGUAUAUUUGCCCCAAAAUGCUAUAUUAUUUUAUUAAGACCACAAACAAAUUCUUUUCACAAGUUCAGGAAACAACAUGUUAAAGUUGAAAAUAAAAGUUAA